AUGCGACCGCUUAUCGCUGGCCCCUGGGAAAGGUCGCGAUGCAAUUGCUUUAAAUUUGGCCCAUCUGCCGCCGAUUGCAGCACUCUCGCGAUGAACGGCUGCUAUAACACAAUAAAGUACACGGGCCUGCUCUCCAAUCUGCUCUAUAUGCUGUUGGGCAUAGGAGUGAUGUCUGGAGCAGGAUUGGGACUGCAAGUGGCGGAGCCCAAUACCCCGGAGCACACAUAUUUCGUCAAGAGUCUGGUGUUGGGCGGAACCAUUUGCAUGAUCGUGAUGUUCGGAUGCUAUGGGAUGGUCUGCAACUUGCUCUGUGUCAAUCUGAUUUUCACGCUGUUCAUACUGAUUGCUCUGGCAGCGGAAUACCUUCAGCUGCACCACUACCACAGUCCGUCCCUUAAAACCUCUGGUGGCGCCUGGCAGCAGCUGGAGCUGGCCUGGCAUGGCCUGGACAGGGAACCGGAGCUGAUGCACCAGUACGAGGCCACGCGGCACUGCUGUGGCUACAAUGGCGCCGAUGAUUACAAGCGGCUGCAUCUGCUGGUGCCGGCGAGCUGUUAUCAGGCCACUGCCAAUGACACCGCCCAGCACAUCUAUCCAAGCGGCUGCCUGGCUACGCUCAACCACAGCCAGCGGUACAUUCAGCAGCGCUUUAAGCUGUAUAUGUGGGCCAUCGUUGGCCUUGAGAUCUUCAUACUGCUGCAAACCGUGGCGCUCAGUGUGCUGCUCUUCAGGCUGCGUCAGCGGCAGCGAAUCGCUCGCCGACAGGUGCCACCAGGUGUGCGCCGGGAACCGCGUUCCAACCAUGUGUCCGCCUCACGAGCCCAGCUACUCGUCGACGCUUGA